CCGGAGACGCCAGUCCCUCAGGCACCGCCGAGGCCACCUCAGGCAGCGCGCGGGUCCUGACAGGGGGCGGGGCACGGCAGCCCGGAAGAGACGCCGCGCCGCACAUACCCCUUCCUUUCCAGCUCCGGCCCCGGACGCAGCAACCGUCGUGAUGUUGAUGCCCAAGAAGAACCGGAUUGCCAUUUAUGAACUCCUUUUUAAGGAGGGAGUGAUGGUGGCCAAGAAGGACGUCCACAUGCCUAAGCACCCCGAGCUGGCAGACAAGAAUGUGCCCAAUCUUCAUGUUAUGAAGGCCAUGCAGUCUCUCAAAUCACGAGGCUACGUGAAGGAACAGUUUGCCUGGAGACAUUUCUACUGGUACCUAACCAACGAGGGUAUCCAGUAUCUCCGGGAUUACCUCCACCUGCCCCCUGAAAUCGUGCCUGCCACCCUGCGCCGCAGUCGUCCUGAGACUGGCAGGCCGCGGCCCAAAGGUCUGGAGGGAGAGCGACCUGCAAGACUCACAAGAGGGGAAGCCGACAGAGACACCUACAGACGAAGCGCUGUGCCCUCUGGUGCCGACAAGAAAGCCGAGGCCGGGGCUGGGUCAGCAACCGAAUUCCAGUUUAGAGGCGGAUUUGGUCGUGGACGUGGUCAGCCACCUCAGUAAAGUUUGGAAGAGAUUGUUUUGUGUUGAAUAAACGUGUAGCCAGAAAAGA